UCAAGAACUUACUGGACAGUGCAUUGAACAUUCGCACAAUCCUCUCUUCGUCAACUCUGCUCUGCUCUGUUCCUCACUCUGACGCGAAUGCGAAACGUAAAGGCAAAGACUUUCGGGGCGUUUCAACCGAAAGUAAAGCUUCUGCUCCCCCCCAAAAAGGAAAGACACAGUGACGCAGAAUCCGAUUAUUAUUCCACUCCACUCUUGUCAUCCCAUCCCGAAUAACUUCGGAAUGAAGACCUUUCCUCGCAGUCCAUUUGCUUCUCAUUUCGCUCGAACACACUCAACGAGGAGGAGGAGGAGGAGGAGGAGGAGGAGGAGGAGAGGAGAGAGAUUGGUGUGAAAUGGGAAUAGAGUAUAGGUGCUGUGGCACAGGGUUCUUCAUCCACAUCGGGAUCAUCGUAUUUCUGGUCGGGUUCGCCGGUCUGAUGUCUGGGCUGACGUUGGGGUUGAUGUCCAUGAGCCUGGUGGAUCUUGAAGUUCUUGCGAAAUCCGGAACCCCCUCGGACCGUAAACAUGCCGAAAAGAUGCUGCCAGUUGUUAAAAGACAGCAUCUGCUGUUAUGCACCCUUCUGAUCUGCAAUGCCGCUGCUAUGGAGGCACUUCCUAUCUUUCUAGACAGCUUGGUGACAGCUUGGGUUGCGAUUCUUAUUUCAGUCACUCUGAUACUUCUGUUUGGAGAGAUAAUACCCCAGGCUGUCUGUUCAAGGCAUGGCCUAGCAGUUGGUGCAGCAGUGGCACCACUAGUCCGAAUUCUUGUUUGCAUCUGUUUCCCCAUAGCAUAUCCCAUAAGCAAGCUGCUGGAUUUCUUGUUGGGAGCAGGACACGAAGCUCUAUUCCGUCGUGCUGAGUUGAAAACACUAGUUGAUUUGCACGGUGACGAGGCGGGUAAAGGAGGAGAACUGACUCGUGAUGAGACGACUAUCAUUGCUGGGGCACUUGAACUCUCUGACAAAACUGCAGGAGAUGCCAUGACUCCCAUCUCCGAAAUAUUUUCAAUAGACGUUAAUGCCAAACUCAAUUGGAAUUUGAUGAAGUUGAUUCUAGAAAAAGGGCACAGCAGAGUUCCAGUCUACUAUGAGCAGCCCACGAAUAUCAUCGGACUUAUAUUAGUGAAGAACUUAUUAACAAUUCAUCCGGAAGACGAAGUGCCAGUAAAGAAUGUCACAAUCAGGAAGAUCCCGAGGGUCUCCGAUAGAAUGCCACUGUAUGAUAUACUGAAUGAGUUCCAGAAAGGGCACAGCCAUAUGGCCGUUGUUGUGAAAGAGCUCAAAGAGCAAGAGCAAGGUGCAGGUGAUCGUCAGCAUGAAGGUAGAACGAUACGAUUCCUGAACAUGCUCCUUCACUCUUAUUCAACACGCUUGCGAUCAGUGAGGGAUGUGAGGUUGGACAUUCACGGAGAGGAAAACUGCCACGGCAACUGCCUGAAGAGAAAGCAGCCGCUCAAGAAGUUGCAGUCAGAUGCUAACAAGAAGUUGCAGAAACGAAGUUCCAAGAGUAUGAGAUGGGCGAAAGACAUGCCUUCCGAAGUGUUGCAUCUCGAUGAGGAUCAGCACCUAAAGCUAACAGAAGGAAAUGAGGCCAUCGGCAUCAUUACGCUCGAGGAUGUCAUUGAAGAGUUACUCCAAGAGGAGAUCUUUGACGAGACGGAUCACAGGAAUGAGCAUUUGUGAUUGGCAGAUCCUCUUCCUCUUUCUCAUUCUGAUUGGAAAUCUGUAUAUGACUUUAUAGCCAUAUCUCUAAGGUUUUCAAUUGGCAGAUCCUCUUCCUCUUUCUCAUUCUGAUAGGAAAUCUGUAUAUGACUUUAUAGCCAUAUCUCUAAAGGUCUCUAUAAUUGGAAAAAAUAAAAAGAAAAAAAAAGGGUAUAUUAUUAUACCUUGGUCCGUGUCGAA